CCGGAGGGGCCGGUCCCGCCGCGGGGCUGCCGGGCCGAGGGGGCCGGGGCUGGAUCCUGGCAGGGCCCGGCGCGGGGGCGCAUCGGGGCUGGCCGCGGGGGCAGCGCUGGGGACGGGGCUGGGGCAGGAAUAAGCGCUCGCCGCUCCCCGGCGGGAGCAUCCCGGAGCGGCUCCUUCCUCCGGCAUUUCCUCCGGCGUGUUCCCUUGCCGCCCCUCGCCCUCCCAGGAGAGCCGCCCCCGGCACGGUGUGACGAGGCCCGGGCACUGGGCAGAGACGGCGAUCCCCGGCGCCUCCCCGCCGCAGCCGCCCCCGUGUCCAGCGGGGGAGCCGGGAGCGUGGGGGCGGAGGGCGGCCCGGGGCUGCGGAGCCCCCCGGCCAUGGAGCAGGUCCAGAUGAUCAACAUCCAGCGGCUGCUGGAGGCGGCCGAGUAUCUGGAGCGAAGGGAGAGAGAGUGUGAGCACGGCUAUGCCUCGACCUUCCCCUCAGUCCCAAGCCCUGGACUACAGGACCCAAAGCCCACGCGGAGGCUGAGCCGGGCACGGAAAUACAGCGGCAGCGGCAGCAUUGCCAGCAUUGCCACCAGGUCUACGCACAACGAACUAGAAAAGAACCGCCGAGCUCACCUCCGCCUGUGUCUAGAACGCUUAAAAGUUCUGAUACCGCUCGGACCAGACUGCACCCGGCACACCACGCUUGGGCUGCUCAACAAAGCCAAAGCACAUAUCAAGAAACUUGAAGAGGCUGAGAGGAGAAGCCAACACCAGCUUGAGAACCUGGAACGAGAACAAAGAUUCCUAAAGAGAAGACUGGAACAGCUACAGGGUCCUCAGGAGAUAGAGCGAAUACGAAUGGACAGCAUUGGAUCUACCAUUUCCUCGGAUCACUCGGACUCGGAGCGAGAAGAGAUUGAAGUGGACGUUGAAAGCACAGAGUUCUCCCAUGGAGAAGUGGACAAUAUCAGCACAACCAGCAUCAGUGACAUUGAUGAUCACAGCAGCUUGCAGAGUAUUGGGAGUGAUGAGGGUUACUCCAGCGCCAGUGUCAAGCUCUCGUUUGCUUCCUAGAACCAAGUGAGACAACAGUGCAGGGUGAAUGAUUUCACUGGGAUGAUCAAACUGGGUCCUAGAUGCCAGUAUCCUCUUUCAGAAUUGACAUAUUGACAGCUAGGCCUGGAGAGACCUGUAUAUAAAGCUUUUUGGGUAAAGGAAGCCUCCCCAGAAACCCAUAUUUGUUCAUUUGGUCAUGUUACCAAUCCCAAUUUCUGCUGGCAAAAAGUUAGGCCAAAUACUAGUCCCUUUGCAGUCAAUGAAAUCCGUUUGUUUCUGUGGGACCUGGAUCUAGACCUUAGUGAUGAAACACUUUGUUUUGAAUUUAUUUGAAAUUGUUUGAAAGAGGAUACUAGAAACUCAUCCCUCUCUUUCUGUCAGGAGAUCUGAGAAAUGUCAAAAUUUCUUACACCGCAUUCAGAUUGAACAACCUAAUUUAGGCCCUUCUGAAGAGCUUUUGUGGUCCUGAAAGGACUGUAUCCUACAGUUUACCACAAUCUAAUGCUGUCAUAAUGUACUAGGAAAUCUAAGAAGGCUUACGUAGCCUAGGAAUAACAGUGCCGAUAAUGAUGAAGGUCUCAUUCUGUGCCCAGAGGGAGAGGGGCAGCGAUGUUCAGGGGAGAACACCAUUCAACUCAGCUUUCUGUUGGACAUCAUUUGAACAGUGAGUACCUCAGAAGCGUGGCUAAGGCGAGAGGUACACACCUGUAACCUACCAGCACAGGGUGGGCUGUCGGGCCUGGGGCUGUGCCAGCGCCAGCAGGUCCCCGGUAGAUGUGUGCCCCUCGCAGGCACACGGCCAGCUGAGGGCAGAACGAAACCAGCACUCGAGAGCUGACACACCAGACAGUCAUGCCCAGAUACUGAGCCACUAUGACCUUUUUAUUUGAAGUGAUUUUUUGAUAAACAUUUGUAAAUGUGUUGGGAGGGAAAACACCCCAAGUCUGAUGCAUCUUUUUAGAGCUUGUCCAUAUGAAACCUUAGAUGUCUUUUAUAUGAAUUUAUGCCAUGAAAAGAUCUCUGUUUUGAUGAAGCACUUGACCCAAUGAAAUGCAAAGAUCCUUUUUUUGCCAUGCACACAAAAAUGAAGGUUGUGCUAAGCUGGAAGAGGCCAGGUUUGGUGGGGGUUUCUUCAGUUUUCUUUUUAGAAUCAUUCCCUUUGCUGACUUUUGAAGUUCCAGUCCAGUAGUUAACUUAGUUAAGCUCAGCACGUCUCUCAUGUUAAUGUAACGUUUUGACUGCACGUCCUGUUCCCAAGGGCCUUGCCACCUUAUCUGUGCAGGUGCUGUUAAGAGCUGUUAUAGCGAAUGUUUUCUAAUUUUCUCCAAGACGAGCAUUCUAACCUGCACUUUGAGGGCUUUGCUUUUUUUAUUUUUGUCUUUUUAAUGGCCAGGAUUAUUUUGUUUUCCAAGUUUUAAAAACCUUAAUAGAGUCUUCACCUAUGGCAUUGUUUGAAACUUUGUAUAUCCUUAAGUAAUUUAAUUACCCCUCAUUACUAAGGAAAAAAGAGGAAAAAAUGCUUUAUAAAAUUCAUAACUUAUUGCUGAUUUGAAUGGGUUGUUAAUUUCAGUCCUUUAGAUUUUAUUUUAUUGUUUUAGAUAGGGUUGGGUAAAAAGAGGUAAAAUAAAGUAAAAAAAAAUAAAGACAACCAUAUUUAGCAGUGCAGUGGAAUUGUGUUUAAAUGUUAGCAUAUGGUCCCCAUUAAAGUAGCACUUUAACGCCAUUAAACAUUUCUGUAUCUGAAAUGAGUUGUGUUCUUCCAUCUUGGUCAUUGCUGUCACUUCAGCCAGCUGCUGUUCUUCUUGUGCCCUUCGGUCCUGCAGUGACAUCCUGAGCGAGUCUCAUGUAGACUUGUGCACUGUGAUAAGUUGCCUGUGUUUAAAUACUCUGAUGUUUCCCCCACUCUCCAAAAUGUGUCAUUCCCUGUAAAAGGCACAACACACAUGCUUGAGUAGAGAAAUAAUCUCUCCAUGGCUGUAAUGAAUGAUUUCUCUCCAGUCUGGGUUUUUUAAAAUUAAUUUGCUUACUAAGUUUGCAUCUGGUUGCAGUUGUUAAACGUGUUUUCACUUGUGUGCAUGUAAUCCAGUGUCUCAGUCCAUCUGUUCUUCUUUCUGGGAGGUUACCUGGCAGGGACAGGAGGCUGCCACAGAGUGAAUUAAGCUCUAGGUUGCAAAUGCAGCCCAAGGGCUUUGAAAGAAGAAAUCCUGCUUGAAUUUGCUUUUGGGGUCUAUAUGAUAUCUGGAUGACACAAGGCUUGAAACAGUCUGUAGAGUGGUGAAAGAUAGGAAACUUCAGCUCUAGCAAGGUCUUAUUUAUUUAUUCAUUAUUAUUCUCCUUGGAAGUGUUGACAACUGGCAGUGCUGGUGCUGAGCAGUUGGAUACCAGUUGGAUUUAUUUAUUUAUGAGCCAUUUUCCGUAGCUGUCACAGCACCUCCUCUUUCCUGUUAUUCCUGUUUGUGUUAAAUGUCCACUUGGGAAAGCAAUACAACAGCUGAGAAGCACUGAAGUUCAAGGGAUGGAGAAUGGCCCUGCUCUCCUAGUUGGUAUAAAACAGUGACAUGUCUAUUGUUGGAAUAAAUGCAUUUGAAAUGUU